GGAGCAGCUCAGCCCCUCUGACCACCACCAUCCUUCCUGCACAAUUUCUUCCUCCUCGCACCGCUACUUUACCGCAGCCCGGAAAGAAAGCUAACCAAAUCCCACACCUUUGCUUUCCCCUUUCCCCUCCCCUUUUCCCCUCUCCCCCUCGGCUCCCAAUUGUCUCGCCCUCUCUCCUCGCCUACCAGUCCGUGUGCUUGACCAGAGGGAGGGAGGGAGGGCUCUUGAGGUUGUCUAGAUCCUUCCUUGUUUCUCCAAUCCGGGGCUGCUUAGCUUUCAAGCUGGCCGCCGACUCCAAGAUUGCGGACCGGCGGGCGUUUCUUCCUUUCCAAUACUGAUAUAGGAGCGGGCUCUCUGCGAGGAUGUGAGAGUGGGUGUUGCGGAGAAGGAGCGAUUUCUUUUCUUGUUUCGGUGGAGUUGCUAGAAAUCAACAGUCCGAGUGUUGCGGAUGAUCUGGAAUCUUGACUGAGGCCCCCGAUUUGGGAUUUCCUUACAGCCGGUGCUGCAAUCUGCAUUCUUCAAGGCUGUUGGCGGCAGAUGGGUUGCAGGCACUCCAAAGUGGAGGACGAGGAGGCGGUGAGGAGAUGCAGGGACAGGAGGAACCUCAUGAAGCAGCUCGUGCGCCGCCGUGUCGACCUUGCAGCCGCACACAUUACCUACUUGCAUGCACUCCGCAACACAGGAGCCACUCUCCGGCAAUUCGCCGAGGUGGAGACUGCAUCGUCACACCAGUCCCUUCAAGUCGCUGCCUCACCACCUCCUCCCCCUCCGCCGCCGCCGCCGCCGCCACCACCACCACCGCCUCCGGCAUACUCUGUGACUUCUUCCAUGCCACCAUACUCGGUGACAUCCUCAAUGCCGCCAUCACCACUCCCCCCACCACUCAUACCGUUUAGUCCGAUAAGGAUAAGAAAGAGGGAGAAGAGAGAUGGUGAUCUCGACGGGGAUGAUUCCACGGAUGAAGACGACGACACUGACAGCUGCUCGACGCCUCUGCCCCCGCCGCCGCCGCCCGGUAUGGAGUGGGAGUACACGGACCCAAUCACUAUGCGUCCCUUGGAUUUUCUUCCAUCUUCGUUGGCUGAUCGGGACGAUAAAGAAGUGGCCUCACAAGUCAGCAUGGAUGACGAUUGGGUGGAAACGAACAUAGAAUUUGAUGGACAGGAUGAAAGCGUCUCUGGCAAUGCUGAUGGCAUACUUAGGCGUGUGGAAUUGCAUCCAGCAAAGAGUAGGGUUAUGGGUGAUGAAAACUCAUCAAUGAUGAGCAGCUGGGUAACAAAGGACUCGAACUCUUCGGUGAUGGCCUGGGCGACUGACAAGUCACUGGUAGAAAUAGCCAAGGAGAUUGAUGAGUACUUCUUGAAAGCAGCCGCAAGUGGGACUGAUGUUGUUAUACUCUUGGAUUCUGCUACCGGCCGGCUAGAUCCCUCAGAGGUGCAAGUAAAGAAAGGAAAAAAUUCGAAGUCUGCCAAGGUUUUCUCUACACUUUCCUGGAGCUGGUCAUUCAAGUCUGUACAUGCUAACAGGGAAUCCUCAAGUGAUGCUUGUGGAUACGGUUAUCAUGGCAAAACACUAGAUAAGCUUUAUGACGAGGAGCAAAAACUCUAUCAGUUAGUUAAGGAUGAAGAAUUUGCAAGGCUUGAAUACAGAAAGUACAGUUCAUUGCUAAAGAAGCUAGAAUCAGGGGAGCAUGAUAGGUUGCAGGCAGAGAAAGUUCGGGAAAAUAUCGAAGAACUGCAAACUCGGAUAAUGUCCUUAGAGGAAGCUGUAAGCUUGACAUGUUUGACCAUAUCAAAGCUCAGGGAUGAGGAGUUGUAUCCUCAGGUUAUUGAAUUAGCUGCAGGGCUUGUGCAUAUGUGGAGAAACAUGUACGAGUGCCAUGAGGUUCAGAACCAUAUUGCCCAGCAAGCCAGUCUCCUUGGCAACCAACCUGGCAGUGAGCCGACAACUGACUCCCAUUGCUAUGCAACAUCUCAGUUGGAAGGCGAAGUCUCUGCAUGGCACAAUUCCUUCUGCAAUCUGAUCACCUUGCAGCGUGAGUACGUAACCAUCCUUAACGAAUGGAUUGGACUCACCGAUUGCCUGCCUGAUAAUGAGGGCUUCAUGAGAAGUUCAUCUGGAAUCCGUAGCCUCUGUGGGGAACUCGAGCAUGCUCUUAAGAAGUUACCUGAGAAGGUAGCUGCAGAAGCAAUAAAAGCUUUUCUGUCAGUCAUACACUCUAUCGUGUUACAGCAGGCUGAGGAGCGUCAGCUGAAGAAGAAAUCAGACAACAUCGAGAGCAAGUUCCACGCCCAGUUGGAGAAACACAGCGAAAACGCAAUGCAGAGCUCAGACCAGGGUUCGCACACCAGGAGCUACUCAGUGUCGAAGGACGACCCGAAGCUGGACGUGUUCAGAAAGAGGGUCGAGGAGGAGAAGGCCAGGUACAUCAACUCCUUGAGGACCAGUCGAGCCAUGACGCUGAACCAUCUUCAGACGAGCCUUCCGAACGUGUUCCAUGCCCUGACGGGGUUCUCAGGAGUAUGCGUGCAGGCGUUUGAAGGUAUCAGCCGAUGCAGCGAAGCUGCUGCUGCUGCUGCUAGCCACCCGGGAGCGGUUUCGCCAGCCGUCUCUUCCUGUGAUGAUCACCCGCUGUAAGUAGAGGCAGAACAUAAGCCGGUUCCACGUGAAUACCCUCUCCAAAAACCACCCUUGUCAAAGAAAAUUUAGCCAUGAUUUACAUUUCAAAAGUCAGUACAGGUGUCUGGAUAGACCAGUCUCAGACUGAGAAGAGGUUAGUGAUAGGAUCACAACUACUACUAGUACUUUUUCUGCUGCAUGGGAAGGAUUCCUGUAUGAUUGAAAGCUUGAAUAGUAGUCUCACGUCUUCACACUGUUAUACUUAA